GUACUUCGGUCGGAUAUGUCCGCCGCGUUUUAUGUCCGUUCAUUCAGGGGCUUUUGUCGGGCCUAAUGACUGACUGGGAGUCUCUCCCCUUGAGAUGGUCGACUCUCCGACUCUCCGUCCCCUCCUUUCCCCCGUUCGUUCCUCCCGCUAGCUUCUUCACGCCCUCCUUUCCUUCAGCCCGGCAACCGUCGAUCAAUCAACCAACAACCCCGUUUCGGCUCCAAAGGGUCGGUAGUGAAACAUCAAAGAAAUCAACUCCAGGACGCGACUUACUAUCUACGACACGACAUCAUGGACAUUGAAGAGUUUCGGAAAGCAGGAUAUGCGGCUGUUGACGCUAUCUGUAAUUACUAUGAGCAGCUCUCCCAAAAGCCAGUCAAAGCUGAAGUUGAACCUGGAUACCUCUUAGAAAAAUUGCCAUCAGAGGCGCCAGUCAAGGGGGAGCCGUUUGAGCAGAUAACAGCCGCUUUUCAAAAUGAUAUCCUUCCUGGUAUCACCCACUGGCAAUCACCCAAUUUCUUUGCUUACUUUCCUUCAAACACAACGUUUGAGGGUAUGCUUGCUGAUCUUUAUGCAGCUAGUGUCAGUAACCCUGGUUUCAACUGGAUUUGCUCCCCAGCUUGCACCGAACUGGAGCAAGUCGUCGUUGAUUGGGUAGCCAAGAUCUUGGGGCUCUCCUCGGCCUUCUGGACUGAUUCGAAAGUUGGCGGAGGUGUGAUAAUGGGAUCCGCAUCGGAGGCUGCUUUGACUGCUGCAAUGGCUGCUCGGGAGAGGGUGUUAAGAAUCCUCUCCAAAGACGCCAACGCGGUAGCCAAUGAGGAUAUUGAAAUUCCCGAAGAUGUGAGACAGAAGUAUGGGCAAAAACUGGUCAUCUAUGGGAGCACACAAACUCAUAGCAUUGGUGCCAAGGCUGCGAUUCUUCUGGGCCUUCCUUUCCGAGCAGUGCCGGUGACUGCAGAAGACGAGUAUGCUCUUAGAGGGGAUGCUCUGCGAGCAGCAAUUGAAACCGACGUCGCAGCUGGGUUGAUCCCUUUCCUUGCCAUUGGCACUGUGGGAACAACUUCAUCUGGCGCUGUAGAUAGAAUUGCUGAGAUCGGACAAGUCUUAAAGGAUUAUCCUACCAUGUUCUUACACAUCGACGCUGCAUGGGCAGGCGUUGCAUAUGCACUUCCAGAGUGCCGAGACCAGCUUCGACUUGCCGAGGUCAACGAGUAUGCCAAUUCCGUCUCUACCAACCUUCAUAAAUGGGGUUUGACGACAUUCGAUGCGACACUUCUGUUUGUCAAGGACCGACAUGACUUAACGCAAACAUUCGACGUGACUCCUCUCUAUUUAAGAAGCAAAGAGGCGGAUACUGGGAAGGUAAUUGACUACCGUAACUGGCAAAUUCCUCUGGGGAGGAGGUUCAGGAGUCUCAAAAUAUGGUUUAUCCUGAGAAGUUAUGGUGUUGAAGGUUUCCAGCGUCACUUGACCCGGGGUAUCGAGCAAUGCCAGAAGCUCGCUUCUAUAGUCCGCGCGUCUCCCGAUUUCGAACUUGUCACCGAGCCCGCCCUUGCUCUUCUAGUCUUUCGUUUGGUACCAGGACAUACCACACAGCUGUCAGCAGAGACUCUUAACAAUCUCAAUAAACGGCUUUACAACCGCCUAGACGCACGAAAGGAUGUGUUUUUGACACAAACUGCCUUGAAGAGCAGCAAUGGGAAUAGUGUUACGUGCAUCAGGUUUGCUAUGGGUGGGGUGCAUACCAAAUUUGAGCAUGUUCAAAAGACGUGGGAAGUGGUUAAAGAGGAGGGGUGUAAUACCAUCGACGAGUGGAAGAAAGAGGAAGGUAAUCAAUGAGCGAAGUGUUGAAACGCGCCGGGAUAUAUCAGGUGGUCGCAUCUACUGUACUGGUACACUUUUUAUAUUUCUAAACAGAUCUUGUAAUGCCGACAUCUUUAUUCCACCACGCUUCUUUGUCAUGUUGAGUUUCUUCGCUUGGUUCUCCGGACAUUCCAUCUGUAAAGAGAGAUGCAUUUAGAUC